AUGUCCACUUUUGAUGGAAUUGUUCCAGAGUUCCCGGAAAUCCAGAUCGAUUACUUCCGGAAAAGCCCUGUAAGAUCAGCUCCUCUGGCAUGCUUUCUAAGCCAUGUCCAUAGUGAUCAUCUACAGGGCCUGGAGUCCUUCCGGGCUCCUUUCAUUUACUGUUCCCCAGCAACUCGAGAACUACUGCUGCGCAUUGAAAAAUACCCACAUCGCAUGAACUUCCAAAAAGGCAUCCUAGAGUCAAGGCGACUACACUACAAGCAUCUAGGGAAAUUACUGCGUCCGAUCCCGUUAAACACACCCACUGAGAUUGAACUCACCCCUAGGAAACAUGUCCGGGUCACUCUCUUUGAUGCGAACCACUGUGCAGGGGCUGUCAUGUUUCUUAUAGAAGGAGCCGGGAAGGCCAUCCUCUAUACGGGCGAUAUCCGAGCGGAGAGUUGGUGGACCAAUGCCCUGGCACGGCACCCAGUCCUAGUCCCAUAUACGCUUGGGCAGAAGCGACUGGACAAGGUAUACCUGGACACAACUUUUGCUGGUGCAUCCAACCCGCUCAGGGAAUUCCCAUCCAAAGCCGAGGGACUAGCGGAGCUCAUUCGAAAAGUAGAGGCAUACCCAAAAGAGACAGUCUUUUAUUUUCGCGCUUGGACAUUCGGUUAUGAGGAUGUAUGGGUAGCACUGUCAACCGCAUUAAAUUCCAAGGUUCACUUGGAUCAAUACCAGAUUGGUGUUUAUCGGGCUCUCUUGAAUUCAUCUGGGAUUAAUGAGGCCCCUGCGCUUUGUGGGUUUCAGCUGGGUAACAUGUCCGUGGAUGGUUGCUUGAGUGACAAUGAGGCCUGCAGGGUUCACAGCUGUGAGCCGGGGUUAUCAUGCAAGGCUACUCGGGACCCGGAUACAGUCUACAUCACACCCAUCGUAAACCGUACCAUUGACGGCACGGAAAUCCCCGAAGUUGGGGCUGGUGGAGGCGGUGGCGAUUUGUAUCAGGUCCACGAGCUAGAGUUACCAGAUGAGUCGGCCCUAGCGUGCCUGGAAAAGCUAUGUGCUCAGCAUAUUCCUAAUCAAAAAGUCCUAUCACAAACCCGAGAGGCGCUUUCAAAGGCAUUUCGGUCAAGCAAGAAAGUUCUGUCACUUGAUCAAUACGGUGUUCAGGAUGAUGAAAUUUCUCUGGAGCAGUUGGUAACGAAGCUGAGCCGGGGCAAUGAUCAGGUCAACCCCAAUUUACCUAACACGAUUCGAUUUCCAUACUCUCGACAUUCGUCCUACUCUGAGUUAUGCACACUCAUCGCUGCAUUCAGACCUAAGGAUAUCCACCCAUGUACAGUAGACACCUCAUCUUGGUCCGAGGAUGUCUCUAUCAGGAGACUUUUCGGUCACUUGUGCUCUGGGGAGGAAUUUACCCAUGAUGUUUACAUGCGUAUGACACUCAACAUGCAGUACGACGAGGAACAUGCAAGAAAAAGAGCCCGGUAUGAGGAUGUUUCGACCCAAUCCUCACAAUCGAGUAUGGGCGAAGAAAAACAACAAGCUCAAUCCUCGGUUCCUCACACAAUACCAGGCAGAGCCCGAACCAAGCGCGAAGAAAUUAAACGAGCACACCGCUACCUGCAAGACCACGCCGACCCGGUGGCAAUGCAAAUUGGCCCCCUCCCUUCCUCAGUACCAACAAACGAAGAGGCGAAUAGCUUCAGCACCAUCCAAGAUUCACAAGAAGAGCAAGAACAUAUAAGUUCGCAGCCUGACUCUUUCAAUGACCGAAUGCAAUCCCCAAACCAAUCACCACAACUAGAAAGCCAACAAACAGAUACACUCACACUGCCAAUCUCCGAGUCCGUGCUCGCCCCCUCUUCCCCCACAGAUGCAGAUUCACUCCUUGCCGAAUCUCCAACCUCCGGCCUGAGAGCAAGUGGUCGGCAACUAAUUACGUCGCGCCUGCGUACCCGUAUUUCGGCGUACCUCGCUGCUCAGGACGGAUCGUAUUCGGCGUGGGAGGAUCACUCCCUUGUUUCGGCGUCCAAUCAUGCUGAAGAGGAAGAGGAACUUUAA